GCGGCGGUGGCGGCGGACAAGAUGGCGGCGCGCGGUGAGGACCGGGAGGCUCCGGAGGCGCCUUCGCCGCCCCCGCCGGGCCCGGGCGGCGGCGUCAACGUGUUCGCCAACGACGGCAGCUUCCUGGAGCUCUUCAAGCGCAAGAUGGAGGCGGAGGAGCAGCAGCGGGAGCGCGAGGCGGCGGCGGCCGCGGAGGCGUCCGGUGGCGGCGGCGGUACCGGCACGCAGCGCGGCGGGGCUGACGGCGCCAAGAGGAGCGGCGGCACGCUCAGCUUCGUGGGGCGGCGGCGGGGCGGCAACAAGCUGGCCCUGAAAACCGGAGUGGUGGCCAAGAAGCAGAAAACGGACGAGGAGGUGCUGACGAGUAAAGGCGACGCCUGGGCCAAGUACCUGGCGGAGGUGCAGAAGUACAAAGCUCACCAGUGCAGCGACGACGACAAGACGAGACCCCUGGUCAAAUAACCCCGGCCCCCCCCAACCCCUCC